AUGUAUCCAGCGCCCUCCGCCUGCACUUGCCUGUGUUUACACGUCCUGCUGCUGUGCUUCCAGGUCCAGGUGCUGGCGGCCGAGGAGAACGUGGACUUCCGGAUCCACGUGGAGAACCAGACGCGGGCUCGCGACGAUGUGAGCCGUAAGCAGCUGCGGCUGUACCAGCUCUACAGCCGGACCAGCGGGAAGCACAUCCAAGUCCUGGGCCGUAGAAUCAGCGCCCGCGGCGAGGACGGCGACAAGUAUGCCCAGCUCCUAGUGGAGACCGACACCUUCGGCAGUCAAGUCCGGAUCAAGGGCAAGGAGACGGAGUUCUACCUGUGCAUGAACCGGAAGGGCAAGCUGGUGGGCAAGCCCGACGGCACCAGCAAGGAGUGCGUGUUCAUCGAGAAGGUCCUGGAGAACAACUACACGGCCCUGAUGUCGGCCAAGUACUCGGGCUGGUACGUGGGCUUCACCAAGAAGGGGCGGCCGCGGAAGGGCCCCAAGACCCGGGAGAACCAGCAGGACGUGCACUUCAUGAAGCGCUACCCCAAGGGGCAGGCGGAGCUGCAGAAGCCCUUCAAGUACACCACGGUGACCAAGCGGUCCCGGCGGAUCCGCCCCACGCACCCCGGCUAG